AUGGGAUGGCCGACGAGAGGAAUCUCCUUGAUUUUCCCUAAACAUUGCACUUUCCAUCUGCUCAUUUUGAUCACUCUCCUCUCCACUCAUCCAUUCAUCGAUGCCUGUAUUCGAACUGUUCCAGCGACAACUACAACAACGACAACCACCACAACAACAACCACCACAACGACAACAACGGCAGCUUCUUGCACAUCUUGUACAGCAAGUCAAAUCACUUUCACGCCGGCUCAAGCGAAUCGAACAGGAUCGAUUGAUUCAUCGUUCAGCGGUCCCGCAGCAACAGGCACGAAUGGAUGCCUUCAAUUGACGGCAAUCUGCAAUGGAGAUCCGGGAUUCGUUUCUUUUAUGCAGUUUAAUUUCGAACAAGGUGGACCCCAAGAGAAUCAACUUAUGUUACAAGUGACAACAGCUGUAUUGGAUUGCAGAGAUGGGCUAUGGUUCUACAUGAAUCGACAAGUUUACGAGGUGGAUUGUCAAGAAGCACAGAAUGGA